AUGGAACCAAAUCAAGAUGGCAAAGAAGUUGAAAUUUUUGGAUUUGUCAGGUUGUUUCUCAAUGUACAUACUUCCCGAGUUCCCAACAUCAGGGAGUCUAGAGAUCCUAAACAUUUCUGGUUGUGGGAAGUGGGAGUACAAUUCAUGUCCAGAGAUGGAUAUUCGAAACUUGUGGAACCUAAAAGUUUGAAUCUGAGUGAUGCUAAACUGGAAGCUAUAAGGGGAGGAACCAUUGGAAUGCUGGAGCUACUUCAAGAUCUCGAUCUCACUAACCUCAAGUGUAAGAAUGCAGAUGAGGCAUUUGUCGAUAUUGGGACAUUGUCUUCUCUUAAGGUCUUGAAAACCAUUGGAGCCGGUUAUAUACGUUGGGAAGAAGAAGAAGAAGAAGAAGAAGAAGAAGAAGAAGAAGAAGAAGAAGAAGACCAUGAAACAAGUCAUGAGGAGGAGUUGAACGAAGAAGAGACUAAAGAUGUGAUGACGGAGGUUCGGGUUGAAGAGACUACAAAAGAUGUGUUAGCAUUAGGGAAGCUUCCUACAAGUCUGAAGUUGCUACACACUUCAUCUCGAGUUGUUAAUCUCUCGGAGCUAUUGGAGCUGGAGGAACUAGUCGUUGAAGAUUGUGAUUUCAGGCUCGAGAUUCCUCCCGUAGACGACAAUGCCGAUAUUUGGUGGAAGGUAUCCAAAUUGAAAUCUCUGGCAAUGAAAAGAACAAAGGUGUUCAUCACAACAACAACAAGCAACCUUUGUGCUUCUUCUUCUUCUUCUUCUUCUUCUUCUUCUUCUUCUCUACCGUUGGUGCUGCUUCCAUCAUCUCUAACCAAACUCCACAUUUGGUACUGUACGGAAUUGGAGUGUCUCCCGACCCUAGUGAACCUCGAGAAUUUGGCCGAGUUGGUCGUCCAAAAUUGUGGCAGGCUUCAAGAGAUUCGAGGUCUCGAAGGGUUGAAAUCGUUGCGAUCUCUAGUGAUAACUAGCCAUGAUACUCUAACUCGGAUCCAUGGCCUUGAGAAACUCCUGAGCUACAACAAUGUUCAAACGUUGCAUAUAGUCUAUUGUCCUCUCCUCGCAGCCGUAUUCCGUGAUGACCAUGAUCAAUCAACUAUGGUCGUCGACUCUUUACGAAAGUUGUGCAUCUACAAAUGUAGGUCAUUGUUGCAUGAGGGUGGCCGACUACCUCGUUUCUCGAGCUUCCCGAAGCUCAUGUCUCUGGAACUUGGGGAGAUAACUGGCGUUGAAGACGAUAAUGAACAGAUGGAGGGGAUAGCGUGUUUGGAAGAGUUAGUUAAGCUGAGAUUGGACGGCUUCCUAUCAAUAGAGAGACUUCCUUCACUUGAAAAACUGCGCAAGUUGGCCGAUCUAGAGUUGCAGGGUAUGCCAAGGCUACGUGAGAUACAAGGCAUCACUUAUUUGAAGUGGUUGAAGAUGUUAAAUCUUCGAGGCUGCACGAAUUUGAAUUCUCAUCAUCUCUCCACUCUCAGGACUAGUCUACCGAACACAAACAUAAGGUGGCCCACUAAAGAAAUGGCAUGA